GAGUAGUCAAACCCGUCCCUAGCGUUCAAUUAUUGACGAGUGAUUAGUCUCUAUACUAUACUAUACGAGCACAGGUACCAGUACCAUAUCCUUCUUCUUCUUCCUCCUGGAUCCAAGGCACGGGCAGUCGAUCUAUGCAGCCACUACUGAUGCUCCCCCGUCCAUGCUUUUGCUUCGCCGCUGGCUCAUCCGUGUGAAAUCGGCUCGUUUCCAAGCUAGUCCACAAGCACAAGUAAGCAGCUCCGGAAACAUUCGGCUCGGCAAUAGGUAUUUCCGUAUUUGUGUAUUCAGAAAUUAAAAGAUGGAUGGUGAGUGUAGCAGGGGUGAUAACCAGGAGAGCAUAUUAAGCCAUCAAACUUCAGAACCACGCUAUAUGACAUACGAAUAUUUGGAAAGCAUCACAAAUGUCUUCUCCGAGGAGCGCAUAAUUGGCCGUGGUUCUUAUGGUGUUGUAUACAAGGGAGUAGAAGAUGGGAAAACAAUCGCUGUGAAGAAGUUUAAGUCCUUGUUCGACGAGAAGAAAUUUAUGAAAGAGGUUAAUUAUCUUAAAAUGCUUAACCACAAGAACAUAGUGCCUUAUAUAGGCUACUGCAAUGAAAACCCAAAAAUAAAACAAAUGUUCAAUGGGGAAUUGGUUUUAGUGGAGGAGCCACAUAUGUUGCUUUGCAUGGAGUAUCUCCCUAACGGAAGCUUGAGAGAUUAUAUUGCUGAUAAAUCUUCCAGACUUGAUUGGCGGAAGUGGUACACAAUAAUUGAGGGUAUUUCCCAGGGAUUAAAUUACCUUCUUGGGCAAGAUCCACCGGUAACUCACCUGGACCUAAAACCAGAAAACAUAUUGCUAGAUGAUAAUAUGGAACCAAAAGUUGCGGACUUUGGUUUGUCAAGACUGCUGUACGAAAACAAUACUAUCGAGACUGUGAACUUCGCUGGAACACUAGGUUACAUGCCACCAGAACGCAUACACGAAAACAAAAUUUCAACCAGGUUUGACAUAUUCAGUUUUGGUGUAAUAAUUCUGGAGAUAAUAAUAGGAGACAGAAAUUACCCAGCUGUUAAUGAGACGCCUUUCGAUGACUUCAUCGAAAUGCAACUUCAGAAAUGGGGAGAAAAAAAGAUGAAUAAACAGGACAAUACUUCUUUCAAAAUUGACUGCCAGCAGAUAAGAAGAUGCAUUCGUAUAGGUCUACUAUGUGUGCAACCAGACAGGAAAAAGAGGCCUGAAAUCAAGGAUAUUAUCCAGAUGCUUCGUGAUUAUCUUGAUGAGGAUAUAUCCGUACCAAAGGAGUUGAUUGUGGUCGAACCACGAGAGCUCCGGUUUUGCUUGGAGCCUAACAAGCGCAUUCGUUGCCUCGUGAAUAUAACUAACUGCACACAUCAGCAUGUCAGGUUUCAUUGUAGGGUGAAGAAGGCGGCAAGCAACCACUACUCCUUCGAACCAGAGAAAGGCACCCUCUGUCCUUUUAGCAUAUUAACUGUAUCGUUUGUAAUUGAAGAGCUCGGGGAGUUACCAUUGGACUUCCAGUGCCAUGAUCAACUACUCGUGACGAGCACCGAGAUGCCUGACGACAAGCCCUUUCCAACCAGUAUGAGAUACAAAGUUGACUUGACAGUUGUUUAUGAGCGACCAGUUCGUCCAGUCGAACCGCCUUUGGUACCACGUGCGGGUUUUCCGGAAAACCAAUACAUGGAUAUAUUGAUUAACUGCAUACGUCAGAAUCUGGGAUUCUUCAAUGGUAGGCCUAUUGCAGCUUGUGUUGUCUACAGGUGCCUAUUACAAUGGAAAUCAUUCGAAGCGGAAAGAACUGAUCAUUUCGAUCGUAUUAUGACCUGUAUGCAUAGUGCAGUAUAUGACAAAGGCUAUAGCGAGUUGGCAUAUUGGUUCUCCAAUUCAUGCACAUUACUCGUGCUUAUGCAACGAACAUUCGAAACAGCACCAACAACUAUAUUUGGUCCUCGGAGACGUUUGAAAUUUGUUGAACUAGUCAAGAGGAUAAUUGAGGAACUGAAGGGAAAUCCAGGUUUCCGUAAUACCCACUUGAUUGAAGAAUUGAGUGGCCAUAAAGCCCGACGUCCUGCUAUGCUUUUCAAAGGGCACCUUACAUCUUUCCUUGAGAAGGUCUAUGAAAUGAUGAUGGGCCAUCUGACACAAGAGCUGCGGCAGUUGUUUUUUUGUAGCAUCACGGAACCGACAAUAUUUCAAACUUUGUUUGACCAUUGGCAGGUCAUAGAGCAAAUAUUAACCAAGUACUCUACCGUUUUGAAAUCCAAUUAUGUUCCUCCAUUCUUAAUCAGCAAAUUCUUCACACAAGUCUUUUCACAUAUUAAUGCCCAGCUGUUCAAUAUUUUGCUUCGCCAAAAGAAAUGCUAUUAUUCUAGCAACGCAAAAUAUGUGAAAGCUGGAUUGGAAAGAUUAAAAGUUUGGUGCAGUUCUCAGACUGAAGAGUAUGCAGGUUCUUCGUGGGAACAAUUGAGGCAUAUUAGGGAGGCUGUCCUAUUCCUCGUUGUUGAUGGAAAGUCAAAGAAAACUCUGACAGACAUCAGUAAUUUGUGCCCUGUGCUGAGUGAACCACAUCUGUAUCAAACCAUCACAAUGCAUUGGGCUAACACAGAUAGCAGAAAUACUGUUUCACCGGAGAGAGAGAAGAGGAGAGAGAAGAGAAGCGGGCUACUGAUUAACAGCCGGCUGUAGCACGCGCUCCUAGGCACUUUGUGAGAGAGGGAGGGGGCCAUGUAUCACCAAAGUAGUACAUGUUUCUAUACAACUAUUGUAUUUGCCGGCUAUUAAGGUUGGCUAUAGAUGACUUGGCAAGACCAUAUAGCCAGCUACUGGCUAUAUUAUUAACCAUGCUCUUAGAACUAUAACUGUAAAAGUAGGAUGUUAGAAAAUAUUUAUUUGAUGAAAUUUAAUUGGACUUGGUUCAAAGUUCGAACAAGUUUCAUCGAAUUUAUUUCCAGAUUUACCAAAGUUUCGGGUAUUUUGGUGGCUACCGAAAUUUCUCAAACAAAAUUUUGAACCACAAUUCAUUAUAGAUCAUGAAUACCUCAGUUGACUGACAUAGGUGUUCUAAAAAUGUGGAAGCAACCGUAUUCCGUAUCCUGAUCAUUGGCUCCCCACGGAUGUCCAUCUAUCUACAUAACUGCGUUUUUGUUUCUGAUGAAAGAAAAUGAUAAUUAAUGUAGGUUUAUUCGUUUGCUGCAUUGU